UUAUUAUUGUCUGAAAAAUUGUACUCUCUUGUUGGAGUAACGGUGAGAGUGAGUGUCAGGAUUUUGAUUGGGCUUUGAAAUUUAAAAAGGCCCAAUGAAGAGGAGAAUUUGAAAAAGAAUCUUUUCCCUCUCUUUAUGGAUUUGAACGAAGAAGUUUGGAGGUGAGUGAUGUUACAGUGGAGAAAGCGUGAUGGAGAAGAGGCUUCGUUCUUCUCUGCACUCCUCAGCGGAAGAGUUCAUAUCCUUAGCCACCAAACAAAACCUCAAAUCUUCAAAAUCCUCAUUCAAAACCCUAAUCCAUUCCAUUAAACCAUCCUCUCCUGUGUGUGCUUCUCUCCCUUCCACCCUCUCCGAUUCCAUCUCCGCCUCAGUCCAAUCCUUCCAGAACCUUACAGGGUCCAACUCCGAACAACAACCUGGCUCCCCUCGUAGUCCUCCCGCCAAGCGCCGCCGAAGCUCCUCCCGCUGCUCCGAACCUAAACCCGUCGACGAGAAACAUGAACUUCUCGCGCGCCUCGAAAUUCUCGCCCACAUUGCUCUGCUGUGCGUUUCGCACCCAAGAAAGCCGUUCCUGCUCUCGGCUCUUCUUCCCGGCAUUCAGGUGCUGCACGAUAAUUUGAUUGUUUUUGAGUCGGAGUUGUCUCUGUCGUCGGCGAUUGAGGGUUUGUGCGAGGAAUGGUGGAAGGAGAAUUUGGAGGGAAGGGAGUCGCUGAUUUCGCAGAGUCUCCCUUUCCUGCUGUCGCGGUCGCUCACGCUCAACAAGAAGGUGGACGUGCACAAGGUCUGCGUGCUCCGCGAGGCGUUCACUCUGUUCGAUUUCGACGACGAGAGCAUCGAUGACUUGAAGCUGUUGCUGAUUCGGUGUAUGAUUUCGCCCUUGUAUUUGAAAGCGGAGGAUGGGAGGAGAUUUCUCGCAUUUGUCUUUGGGCUGAGCCAUCAGCUUGGGAAGGAACUGUUGGCGAUGAUUCGGUCCCAAAUUCCCUUCGGGAGAAAGUCGAUGCUGGAGGCUUAUGGGGACAUUCUGUUUCGAGCGUGGAGAGCUGGCCAAGGGGAUUCGAGAAGCGAGAUAGAGAAUGGGUUCUUGCAGGAUUUGAUUGAUGCUGCCAUACAUGCUGCUUCUGGACCUUUUGCUUCGUAUAUUAGGAGGGUCUUGGGAGCUUUUAUUAACCAGAGGACCACUGAUGGGGUUGAGAAAAUGCUUUUUCGUCUCGCCGAGCCUGUCGUCUUUAGGUCUCUGCAGGUUGCAAACUCAAAUGUUCGUCAAAAUGCAUUGCAUCUACUUCUGGACAUGUUUCCACUUGAAGAUCCAGAUUCCACAAAAGAGGAGAAGGAUACAUUGCUUGAUAAGCAGUUUUUCCUGUUAGAAAGGCUACUUAUGGAUGAUUGUCCAGAAGUGAGAACAAUUGCUGUUGAAGGUUCUUGUCGCGUCCUCCAUCUGUUUUGGGAAGUUAUUCCUUCACCAAUCAUAACAAAGGUAUUAACAAAAAUAUUUGUUGACAUGUCUCGUGAUGAAUGCACUGAUGUUAGGCUUUCCACGUUAAACGGAAUCAUUUAUUUGCUUGGAAAUCCCCAUUCUCACGAAAUCCUUAAGGUGCUCUUGCCAAGACUGCAGCACCUAAUGCUGGACAAAGUCCUCGCAGUACGAGUUGCUGCAGUAGAUCUCUUAGUCCAUCUAAAGGAUGUUAGAAAUUUUCAGUUCAACAAGGUGACGGAGCUAGAUGUGCUAUUGUCUGCACUUGCUAUUGAUCAACCUCCUGUAGCUCAGAAGAUAACAAAAUUACUUAUACCUUCGUACUUUCCCUCAAAUGUACCUGUUGAGGAAGCAUGUAAUCGCUGCAUUACACUUGUAAAAAGGGCUCCAGUGGCUGGCGCAAGAUUUUGCAAGUUUGCCAUCUUGGAAGGAGCAUCUAAAUCUCAUCUUAUGGAACUGGUUAAAGUAUUCCUGAGUUUGAUUUUGUCACCACAUCAGCUAGAUGCUAAUCAGAUUGAUGGUUUCCUUGCCGCUAUUUGUUAUGUUUGUGAUGACUUAGCUGGUGAACCACGCUAUAUAAGUGCUCUCAAAGAGUUACUUGAUGGAGAGAAACUGAGAGGUUUACUAUCUCUUGUGUCUAAAGGUGAAGUCCGUUCUUCUUUAUUCAACAUUGUCUCUACUGUGUGUCCUGAUGAUGUUGCUGGACUUCUUGAAGAAUGCAUGGGUGUUGUCACAAACUGCAGUGGUUUAACUGAGGAUGUUGGUCGACAAACAGAAAUCAGGUCUGCACAUAAGUUAUUACUUUCACUGGGUGGUUUUGAUGACUUGAUUGGAGCCUUAGCGGCCUUCUUGCAUAAGGCUGCCUAUCGUUGCCACAUUAAAUUUGGUACAGACAUGCCAAAUCAAAGCUUUUCAUUUGCCAAAAGUAAGAAAUCUAAAUCCGCUGGACAAUUUUCAAUUAAAUUGAAGAUGAUUAACAGAAAGCAGUCUUUUAAGGACGAUUAUUCAGUAGCUGUUGGAGUGGCAUGGCAAGUUAGAGAUUUGCUUCUUCAUGAAGAUAUCAGAAAGGCUAUUAUGAAAUCUCAUUGUUUAGAGAUGUUGUUUGUUUCUCUCAAGGUGAUUUCUGAAGUCAGUAUUGUGCAUUGUGUGCACUAUAAAAACAUGGACAUAUCUCCUGUUUUGGCAUAUAUAGCCCUCGCUCUGCAAAUGACUGUUGAUAACGUUGGCAGAAGUUUACAAAACGGUGAUUCAAAGAGGAAGAAAACUAAGAAUGAUUCUUCUAAAUUUUUGUCGGAGAAUAUCUUGGAGCUGACAAUAGAUCAUGUGCUCAACUGUUUGGAAAAACUACUUGGAGAAGGUGACAUCAUGAAAAACCACAAUGCUGAUUCAUGUAAACCGCAGCCUACCAAUAGAACGGAUCAAAAUUCCACAAAAAGGCGUAGGCUAUCUCCUACAGAUGCAAGUGGCCCAAGUAACCGAGGAUCCACAAAUGAUGCCCAACAAGUAUUUUGUGUGGUAAAGAUGCUCACUGCUGUUCUCAAGUUCAUGGCUGAUGUCACUGCUAUGUGUUUUGCUCCUGCCAAGCAUGGAUUAUUCUUAAAUUACACAUCAAAAUGUGUGCAACAUAUGAUAUCGUCAUUGGACCAGCUGCAUCGUAACCAAAUUCAAUUUAAGGAAGAGGAUAAAAGAAAUAGUGCUAUUUGCCUGAAAAGCUCUUUCACGUAUGCAGCGAAAAUACUUAAUGUGAUACUUGCAGGGUCUGGUGAUUCCUCAACUUCACCAGAAGCUUUUGUUCUUGCAAAUAACAUGCUUGAUUUAAUCAUUUCAAUUGAGUUGUGUAUGGGAUCUGGGUAUGCAUGGCGUCUUGUUGCAUCAGUAAAGACUUGGCUGCCUGAUGUUCUCCUAGGGUUGGGAUCUACAAGUUUUCAAAAAAAUACCGACUCUGAUGAGGAACAUUCAUCUGUAUCCGAACAGAUGAAGUUGCAUUUUCCAAAAUGGCCCUUGAUUGUAGCCAAGACUGAACUUUUUGAAGUAACUGAAGCUGAAGAAGAUGAUGAAUGUUCUCAACCAGAAAAAUUUUCAGCAUUCAAUAAGCUUCUUGCAAUGCUGAUUGUAUUACUGAAAAAAAAUUCCAGUAUCAUGGAUGUAGUUGGCAAUAUUUUCAUGGUUUCUUCACUUGUUGGGCUAGAACAGAAGAACUUUGGGCUGUUAUUAGGACUCUUGCGGUUUGUUUGUCUUAAGCUGUUUAAACAUGAUGACCGGAAUUGGGGUGACAUUAUGCUGUCAUCUCUGCAAGAACUUUUUCCCAAGAUAGACAGGGAAAUUGCAGAAGAAAAUGAUGAAGAUGAGCUGGAAAAACUAAUUCGUGCAAAGGAGUUGAUUGAACCUCAGUGGAUGUAUCAUCUGUAUGAAACUGGAAGAGUCACCUUGGUUGAUGACUAGAAAAUUUGAUUUGUUCGUAUUUUUUCCUCUGUAGGAAUCUAAGAGUAUGAUUUAUAAAAGUUUGAUGUACAUACUUUUAUACUUGGCAACAUUAAAACGAAAGUUUGCCAGUACAUUGUUGUUUUGUUUUUUCCUGAACUGUACAGAAAUGUAUCCAAACCCUCUAAGAUUGUAUUA